AUGGUAAACGAUCCUUCUACAGACCAUCUCAUUCGUUGGUCAGCUGAGGGUACUUCCUUUUUAGUUGAAGGACAUGAGGAAUUUGCUAGAACCGUACUACCUCGAUUCUACAAGCACAAUACUUUCGCUUCGUUUGUUCGCCAGCUAAACAUGUACGAUUUCCACAAAAUACCUCACGUCAAACAAGGUGUUCUCGCCAAUCGAGAUAAUUCUGAUAAUGAAAUUUGGGAAUUUAGCAACUCUCACUUUCAACGUAGUCGACCCGAUCUGUUGGUUCUAGUGACGCGCAAAAGGAAUCGUGAUCGUGACGAGACAGACUCCGAACAAAUUAAUUUGAAUGGUCUAUUAAAGAAAAUCAUUGCUAUUAAGAAACAUCAAAACAACAUUACGGCCGACUUGAGCAAUCUACGUAAAGAUAACGAAAUAAUCUGGCAAGAAGCUCUUAGUUCAAGAGAGAAACAUCAAAAACAUCAAGAAGCUAUUGUGAAAAUACUACAAUUUUUAACCAUCGUCUUUUCAAAUGAACAACUAGCCUUUUGUGCAUCUCAGAGUCUAGAACAAUAUCAGCAACAAAAAUCAUAUCUUACAGAGGAAAAAGAGAUCGAUGGGAACUCAUUUUUCAUAAAAAAGGACGAGGGAAAAGGCAAGUCUGUGUUAGCACCUUCUCCUGACCAUUACCACAACGUUGCCAAUGAAUCUAACCUUUUUGGGAUGGAUGAGCAAAUGUUUUACCAUGCACGAUCUGCAAAAGCUAUUUCUCACAAUAUUGAUCAACUUGAACACAAUGUAGAAACAUUAGCUGCUCAACUUGGCAUCAACUCGUCUCUUGUUUCUGACAACUUUACCGACUUUUGUUCUCAAGCUCAAACUAGUAGCCAUACAGCCAUUAACUCAGCAUACAAAAACAAUAGAAAUCUUAGAACGGAUACUUACGAAUCCAUAAGUGACUUUUCUCAGCAACAUGAACAGCAAAUGAUGAAUCCAACAACUUGGUUUUUUGGAGACUAUGUAAAGUCUAUAGAACAGUAUCCAACCACAUCAACACUCACGUUAGAACAAAACAAAAACCUUCCUCCAUCCAUCCGUUCAACUUCGCCUGUUGCCAAUAUGCAAACGUCCAAUCCUUCAUCUCCUAUUGCAAUCAAUGCCAUAUCGACUUCCUUAACGGGCACUACAAACAAUACCACAUACGAAAUCAGCCAUAAGCAAAAAUUAUAUGAUCAAGCCACUAUGCUACAGCCACACCAGGAACCAUUUCCUCACCAUUGUUACACAACCGCUGCUACUACUGCCGCUGCCGCUGCUGUUCUGACAGCAGCCAAGUCUAGUAAUAAACAAUUUCAACAAAAUAAUCAACCUUCAUUCCUAUCCUCCCAUUCCUUUGUCAAGUACUCAAGCCAGCCAAACAUUCAUCUUCAUUAUGCUCCUCAUGCUAAACGUCACUCGCCAGUUGUUGACACUACUGAAUACGAGCAAACGAGUGAACACGAAGAUGACACUAUCGUAUACUAG